AUGGAUAUACCACAAAACAGCGAUAGCAGCCGCCCGCAGGCAUCUUCAAGAGGCAGAAGAGGUCGCGGUAGAGGAGGCAGAAAUCGUGGCAAUCAAAAGGCUCAUAUUACUAAACAAACAGCGCAAGAAACGCAAGCAACGCAAACAACGCCACCGACAAACGGUGAGACGAGCACAAACUCCAAUCAGCCAGAUAAAUCCAAGCAGACGCGCAAUUCAAAGCCAAAUCGUCGCUUUAACGGCUCGCUCACGCAGUUCAACUCGGAAUCUCAAUCGCCACUGCCAAUCCCAAUCGUAGAAACAACCGGUGAAGAGGAUCUUCGCACACGCCUAGAACGCGAAUUGAAAACCGGGAAGGUGGAGUGCUUGAUUUGCUUCGAGGUUGUAAAGACAUACGAUAAAACACACUCGUGCAAUACUUGCUUCAACGUCUACCACUUGAAAUGUAUAUCGGAAUGGGCAAGGGCGUCUUACAACCAACCGUUCAAAGAAGGCGAGGCAAAGCACUGGAGAUGUCCAGGAUGCCAAACCAAGUCUACAAAAAUACCUCGCGAAUAUCGCUGUUUCUGCAGAAGACAGCGCGACCCAAAACCGGGAAAAUUGGCAGUCCCUCACUCAUGCGGUCAAUCUUGUUCCCAGAGAAGACUGCACUGCAAGCAUCCUUGUCCACUUCCUUGUCAUCCUGGUCCCUGUAUGGACUGCCAGACUCCAAUUUACGUGAAAUGUCACUGCAACAAGACUUCUACACCAAUCAAGUGUUCUUAUGCGACAAGAAAUCCUGAAAGCGGUAAAGUUCUUGCUAUGUCAUGUGCGAAUGUAUGUGGAAAGGCCCUUGAUUGCGGUCAACAUAGCUGUAAAGCACCUUGCCAUCCUGGUCCUUGCUCGCCGUGUCUCGAGGUAGAAAAGAGCAAGUGCUACUGCGGCAAGGAGAGCUCUGUAAAGCCUUGCGGUACCCGUGGAUAUCUUGGCAAACAGUCGUGUUACAGCAAGGACGAGUUCUACAUUGCAUUGUGGGAGUGCUCGAAUGUUUGUGGAGAGUUUUAUGAUUGCAACGUCCACCAGUGUCAGCAGCUAUGUCACCCACCAUCUCGUCAAUCUCUCACCUGUCCAUUGUCUCCCUCAGUCAUCACGCACUGUCCAUGCGGAAAGCACCCGCUAAAGGAUCUGCCAGACGGUGCCAGGAAGAGUUGUCAAGAAUCCAUAGCUUCAUGUGGCAGAAUGUGCGGAAAGCAGCAAAGAACUUGCAACCAUGCGUGUAAAGCACAAUGUCACACUGGAGAUUGUCCGCCAUGCCAAGUAGAUAUGACGACAAUCUGUCGCUGUGGUGCGUCAAAAGUAACACGCAAGUGUCACGAAGUGCAACAUGAAGGUGACCAAGUACUCUGUGAGCGUGUCUGUCACUCACUCCGUCUGUGCGGCAAGCACGAGUGUCUCAAACGGUGCUGCCCACUUCGUGAAUUUGAAGACAGACGUGGAAAACGCAAAGCAGUUCUGGAUUCUCACGUGGCAGUCCCCGAUGAAGUGAUGCAGAUGUGGCACACAUGUGAGAUCAUCUGCGGCAAGACUCUGUCAUGCGGAAGACAUAAAUGCAUGGAGCCAGAUCACAAAGGGAAAUGCGGACCGUGUUUGAAUGCCUCGUUUGACGAACUUACGUGCUCAUGCGGUAGUACUACACUGGAACCACCAAUACCAUGUGGUAUGCAAGUGCAUUGUUCUUAUCCUUGCAAUAGACCUCCUUCAUCCUGCGGUCAUCCACGUCCAGCGCAUACCUGCCACGGCGAUGAUGUGGGUUGUCCCCCAUGUCCAUUCCUUACCACCCGCACGUGCCAAUGCGGUAGAUCUAAAAUCCCUAAUGUUCGUUGCUCCCAGGAGACGGUGAGAUGCGGACGGGUCUGCGAUAAGGUGUUGGACUGUGGCCACAAAUGCAAAAAGCCGUGCCAUACAGGUGAAUGCAGGAGCGGAUUGGAGAAAUGUCAAAGUGUUUGUGGAAGAUUAAGGUCAAUCUGUGCACAUAUCGAUACAUCCACAUGCCACGGUACAUCUCCUUGCGACGAGUCAGUUUCAUGUCAGGCUGCCGUCACGGUCACCUGCAAAUGCGGGACGCAGAAGGCUAAAGUUUGCUGUGGUGCAUCGGAAUGUACGCCACAUAGCAAACAGGAUGAUUACUUAGAAUGCAAGAACAGUUGCGUUACUGCUGAGCGUAAUUCAAGACUGGCGAGAGCAUUAGGCAUCAAUGACACAUACAAACGCAAGCAUGACACAAAUUACACAAGUGAAAUGCUGCAGUUUACUCAUAUUAAUUAUGGUUUCGUUAGUGGCAUCCAGAAAGCAUUCAAUGAAUUCCUCGAUUCACAGGAUAGAGCACUCCAACUACCUCUGAUGAACAAGUCUAGAACACAGUUCUGUUUAUCCUACGCCGAUGCUUAUGGAUUCGACAGCGAAGUGUUCCAAGACUUACUUACUGUCAGGCGCAAGAUAGGCUCACACUUACCUUCUCAGCUCAUUACUGCCGUCGUCGAUGAAUCCAAGCAAAAAAAUAGUGGGGUUGUUGAAUUCCGCAAGAGUGCUACAUCUUCUGCGACACCAACACCGCAAUUAUCGAGACAAGGAAGCGGUGUGUCUACCGCACAACAGUCAGACGAUUGGGAGGAGAUUAGCUAA